AUGACCUCCACACCAUCAACCUCGACGCGUGUAGCUCACAAUGCGCUCCCACCAUCCACGCUGUCCGCUGGGAGGUCGCCACAGAUCUCGUCACAUUCACAUAUCAAAGGGCUUGGCUUGACACCCGAAGGGUUUGCUACCGUCAGCGGCGCAGGAUUCAUUGGACAGACCAAUGCUCGUGAGGCUUGUGGUGUGGUUGUUGAUCUUAUAAAAUCACGAAAAUUCUCGGGACGAGCUUUGUUGCUCGUUGGUGCGCCUGGGACGGGGAAAACUGCUUUGGCGCUUGGUGUUUCUCAUGAGCUGGGUACGAAAGUGCCGUUUUGCCCCAUGGUUGGGUCAGAGGUGUACAGUGCUGAAGUGAAAAAGACGGAAGUGCUCGCGGAGGCGUUUAGAAGGGCUAUAGGCCUCAAAAUCAAAGAAACAAAAAACGUCUACGAGGGUGAGAUCACGGAACUCACGCCGACGGAGGCUGAGAAUCCCUUGAGCGGUUAUGGGAAGACCGUUUCGCACGUCGUUGUUGGUCUCAAAACAGUUAAAGGGACGAAACAAUUACGAUUGGAUCCUACCAUAUACGAGGCUAUUCUCAAAGAAAAGGUGGUAGUCGGAGAUGUGAUCUACAUUGAACAGCAGACUGGUGCCGUAAAGCGUGUGGGGCGUUCAGACGCGUAUGCUUCCUCAUACGACCUUGAAGCAGAGACAUACGUACCCCUACCAAAAGGCGACGUUCACAAGCUCAAGGAGCUCGUGCAGAUCGUCACCUUAGGUGACCUUGACGCCGCCAACGCACGGCCUCAAGGCGGCCAAGAUAUCAUGAGCGUCAUGGGCUCCCUCGUCAAGUCUGGGCGCACAGAGGUCACCGAAAAACUACGAAGGGAGGUCAACAAGGUCGUCCAAGGAUACGUCGAGCAAGGCGUUGCGGAGGUGGUGCCUGGGGUUGUGUUUAUUGAUGAAGUGCACAUGUUGGAUAUUGAGUGCUUUACGUAUCUGAAUGCGUUGCUUGAGAGUCCGAUGGCGCCGACGGUGGUUUUGGCUACGAAUCGCGGGCAGGCGCUUGUGAGAGGAACGGUGGAUAUUGUUUCGCCCCAUGGAAUACCCGUCGAUCUUCUUGAUAGGUGCAUGAUCGUCAAGACGGACGGGUAUACACGCGAUCAGAUCGGCAAAGUUGUUCAACUACGCGCUACGGUUGAGGGACUGAAACUUGGCGAAGGCGUUGUUGACCGGUUAGCGGCCGAGGGGGAGAAGAGUUCCCUAAGAUAUGCAUUACAGCUGCUUACACCUGCGUCGAUAUUGGCGCAGUUGGGUGGUAGAACACAGAUUGAGCCGGAGGAUAUUGGGGAGAUGAGAGAGUUGUUUUUGGACGCGAAGACAAGUGCGAGUAGUCUUGCAGAGAGUGGAGAGUUUAACAACAUUGUAUAGUGGUAGCGCUGGGCCGUGUCGGUCCGGUUGAAAUAGAUUACAAUUUUUUUCUGGUUACAACCAUAUGCAUUC